GUAAGAUGUUCAAGUCUCUGGACCUGUCUCUCAUCGUGGAGUUCAUGCUGAUGUUCUAUAAAGACAAGCCCAUCGACUGGCUGCUCGACCACAUCAUGUGGGUCAAAGUGUGCAACCCCGAGAAGGAUGCCAAACACUGCGACCGACAGAAAGCCAACCUGAGGAUUCGCUUCAAACCGUCGCUGUUCCAACACGUCGGCACACACUCCUCUCUGGCCGGGAAAAUACAGAAACUCAAGGAUAAGGACUUUGGGAAGCAGACGCUCCACAAAGGUCACGCUAACCCCCUGGCAGAGGUCACGACCUCUCUGAAGACCUACCAGCACUUCACUCUGGAGAAAGCCUACCUGGGGGAGGACUUCUUCUGGGCCUUCACCCCCGUCUCAGGGGACUUCAUCCGGAUACGCUUCUUCACGCCUGUCCGCAUCGAGAGGUUCUUCUUCCGCAGCGGGCACAUGGAGCACCCUGGAGACAAGCUGUUCAACACGUCUGUGGAGGUGCUGCCGUUCGACAACAUCCAGGCGGAGAAGGAGGCUCUGACGGAGGGCAGAGAGAGAACACCAAAGUAUCAUCGGACUGAGGACGGUUUCAUCCGGAUAGGAGCGUUCGGCGGGGGCGUGGCAGAGGGGGAGGUGGACGCCUCCUUCGGCCCGCUGGAGGCGAUGAGACUCUCCGUUCUGACAGACUCUCCAGUGUGGGUCAUCCUCAGCGAGAUCUUCAUAAAGAAAGCAGAGUGAAGCCCCCCCCCUCUCUUUGGGCACAGCACCCCCCUGCAGAGAGACCCCCCCCCCAUCUCUUUGGGCACAGCGCCCCCCUGUGGCUGCAGAGAGAAACUGCAGAGAGACUCCCCACCCCUCUCUUUGGGCACAGCGCCCCCCUGCAGAGAGACACCCCCCCCUCUCUUUGGGCACAGCGCCCCCCUGCAGAGACACCCCCCCCCUCUCUUUGGGCACAGCGCCCCCCUGUGGCUGCAGAGAGAAACUGCAGAGAGACUCUCAGAUGAACUGGAGACUGUAUCAAAGUGUAUUUAUUGUACAUAAAGGUAAACACUGAAACUGGAAACUGCUGCUACCCCCCCCCCCCCCCCCCCCACAGUACUAUGUAUACAAGUACACACUACCAUAGGAAUGCCCUCAGUGUGUGUGUGUGUGUGUGUGUGUGUGUGUGUGUGUGUGUGUGUGUGUGUGUGUGUG